UUGUAACGGAUUUGAUGUCGAUAACGUGACAUUUCAUUGACACGUUAAAGCAAAACUUGUGACAUUAUUUUUAAUUACACGUUAAUUUCUAAAGUGUUGUAUCCUCUUUAUCUGUAAAUAUACGUAAUAACAUGAAGACCACAAAAAUGAAACCACCUACUUCAACAAAGAAGCCAACUAGCCGGCCUCGACACCAUAACAUGGUAACAAAGGAUCCUGUGCAGGUCUAUUGCAGAUUGCGGCCAAUGCAACAUGCAUCCGACAUAUCUUGCAUGAGGGUCAUUUCAGACACAACAAUUAUUGUGACACCACCAGAGUCGGCAAUGAAUUUUCGCAAUGCUAAUAGCAAGGAAAUCCAAACAGUAUUCAGUCGAGUCUUUACAGCUGAAACCAAACAAAAAGAAAUUUUUAACAAUGUAGCUUUACCUUUAGUGGAGAAUUUAAUUCGUGGCAGAAAUGGUUUACUUUUUGCCUAUGGUGUCACCGGUAGUGGCAAAACUUUCACUAUGACUGGUGAGCCACAGGAUAGUGGUAUAAUGCCUCGUUGCCUUGAUGUCAUAUUUAACAGUAUUGCAAACUAUCAGGCAAAGAAGUUUGUUUUUAAACCUGAUAAACUGAAUGGCUUUGAUGUACAAAGUGAAACAGAUGCCAUGCUUGACCGGCAGAAUGAGCUACAUGCAGGCCUUAUGACUCCCCGUAAUGGAAAAACUGGUAGAAAGAAACCAGAUAGUGACAGUGACAGCAAUCCAAUGAUAGCUCGAGAAGCAGAUGAGUCUCAAAGUGUGCUGGUAGAACAAGAUAAUGUGUAUGCAGUCUUUAUAACAUUUGUAGAGAUAUAUAACAACAGUGUUUAUGAUCUCCUUGACGAUGAAGAUGUGCGAAUGAAAUCGAUGCAGAGUAAAAUUGUCAGAGAAGACGGCAACAAGAAUAUGUAUGUUCAUGCUGUAACCGAAGUAGAAGUGAAAAGUUCCGAAGAAGCCUUUGAGGCUUUUUACCGGGGACAGAGAAAACGACGCGUUGCUCACACUGCUCUUAACGCAGAAUCUAGCAGAUCUCACAGUGUCUUUACAAUAAGACUUGUACAGGCUCCAUUGGAUUGCGAAGGAGAGCAAGUCAUACAGGACAAACGUGUGGUAUGCGUAAGUCAGUUGUCGCUAGUUGAUUUGGCGGGAAGUGAGCGCACGAAUCGUACCAAAAAUACUGGACAAAGGUUGAGAGAAGCUGGAAAUAUUAAUAACUCCCUAAUGACUCUUCGAUCUUGUCUGGAAAUACUUAGAGAGAAUCAGACUCAAGGCAGCAACAAAAUGGUACCUUAUCGUGAUUCUAAAUUAACGCAUCUCUUUAAAAAUUACUUUGAUGGUGAGGGCCAAGUCCGGAUGAUUGUAUGUGUGAAUCCCAGAGCCGAUGACUAUGAUGAGACAAUCCAAGUGAUGAAAUUCGCGGAAAUGACUCAGGAAGUGCAAGUGGCUCGACCUGUAGCCGCCAAACUUGACCUUGGUUUCACGCCAGGAAGACGACAAGCUAACAGAAUUUUCAAAGAAGCUCGCAGCAGAUUGGAGAGAGAAGGCAAACCGGAAGCUGCUGAGCUGGAGAUAGACUUAGGACUGGUUUACAGCUUGGGUGGACCAUUCCCUGAACUUGAAAUAAACAGUCCACACAAUGACCAAGUAAUUUCAACUUUGAUGCACUUCUUGGAGCAGCGCAUUAACAAAAGGAACAUUCUGCGUGCUGACCUGCAACAGAAACAAAAUGAGUUUAGAAAAAUGCUGUUAGCGAUGGAACAGGAGAACAUCGGUUUAAAAGUUGAAAAUGCUUCGUUGAAAGCUGCUCAUAGUCAACAAAAGAAGAAGGUUGUAGCCAUGGAAGGUCAUUUGUGCAAAACUGAAGCACAGAUCGAUAGCUUACUUCGCAAGCUGAAUGGUGCUAACGAUACGAUUAGGACUUUACAGCAAGAGCUGAGAGACCGAGACAUGGCUUUGAAUCAAAGGAUCAUCGAUAAGCAAAGGGUAAAGCAGAAGUACAAUAGCAAGAUACAAGCAGAGGCUGAUAAGAUGAAUCGAGAGUUGGAAAUUAAACUGCGACAGCAACGUGAACAUCUUCAGAAUCAAAUGAAAGAGAAAGACGACAAGCUACGUUUAGUUAAGCAGAUACUAGUGGAUGAUAACGGUGUAAGUACCGUAACAAUUCCUCAAAAAGAAUCUGUCCCAUCGACAGUCACCGAGGCUGGAGACGCUGCUAGUGCAAAAACCCCAUCUUGCACAGAAACUCGUUCCAGAAAGGUAAAGACAAAAUUUCAGGUAAUAUGGACUCAAAUUCAAACUGGAAAUACCGAGAUUUUGUUUCCGCAGGAUAAGAUCGCAGUAUCGAAUCCUAGGUACCGCAGAUCACAGAGUGCAGAACGAUGGAUAGAUCAUCGACCUGGAGCUCUAGUUCCCCUUGGUACAGUUUUGCAACCGAUGAUGCGCCGAAGGCGCAGUGUAAAUCGACUGACAGAAGCAAGAGAUAUAACGGAGGGUGCCUCGAGAUACUGCCUGGUGGCACAAGAACACGAUACCGAUGGAGAACUUGAAACAAAAUUAUACAAGGGUGAUAUCGUACCAACGUCAGGAGGCGGGGCACAGGUUGUCUUCAACGAUGUGGAAUGUCUGAAGCAAAUGUCUCCGACAGCUAGGAGGAAACGAAGUGGUUCGUGUGCACCUCAUCAAACCAAUGGCCACUUCGAAGGCACUGACCGAGGUUCCAUUGGCACUGAAUCAACUUCGAAAAGGCCUCGUAUGUAGAAACGUUCCCGCCGUUGGAAAAAAAAAAAAAAAGGUUAUUCACUAAGUAUUAUGCUGGAGAAUAAUAUAUAAGAAAGUUAAUAUUUGAACGUUUGACAUCGAUACAAAGUGAAGAUUGAUUUAACUCAUAUGAGUCGAUACCUUUUGUUUAAGUAUUCAAUGAUUAUUUUGUAAAGCAGGAGUACUUAUAAAAGUCCUAGAUAUGGAAUUAGUUUUCUUAAAAUAAGACAAUAAUACGUAAAUAAAUGGCUUUGU